AGCUGCGCCACAGAUUCGCAGUUCCCCAUCGGCUCUGGUCACGUCUUUCAGUUGCUCACCGAGGCUUCCCGGGUCAUGGUGCCAGCCUGACUGAGAAGAGGCCGCUCCCGGGAAACGAAUGAAGAACCACUUUCUCCUGUUGUUCAAGUACAGAGGCUUAGUCCGCAAAGGGAAGAAAAGCAAAAGACGAAAAUGGCUAACUUCGUGAUCCGCCCCGCCACCGCCGCCGACUGCAGUGACAUCCUGCGCCUGAUCAAGGAACUGGCUAAAUAUGAAUAUAUGGAAGAACAAGUAAUAAUAACUGAAAAAGAUCUGCUGGAGGAUGGUUUCGGAGAGCAUCCCUUCUACCACUGCCUGGUGGCCGAAGUAUCCAAGGAGCACAUCACUCCGGAAGGACACAGCAUUGUCGGUUUCGCCAUGUACUAUUUUACCUAUGACCCAUGGAUUGGAAAACUCUUGUAUCUUGAGGACUUCUUCGUAAUGAGUGAUUUUAGAGGCUUUGGGAUAGGAUCAGAAAUUCUGAAGAAUCUAAGCCAGGUUGCGAUGAAAUGUCGCUGCAGCAGCAUGCACUUCCUGGUGGCAGAAUGGAAUAAACCAUCUAUCAACUUCUACAAAAAGAGAGGUGCCUCUGAUCUGUCCAGCGAGGAGGGAUGGAGACUCUUCAAGAUCGACAAGGAGUACUUGCUAAAAAUGGCAGCGGAGGAGUGAGGAGUGCUGGUGUAGACUACACCUCCCAUUGUAUUUUAGAGCAAAUUCUCAACUUAUCUUCUUUCUAUCAUGUUUGUAGUGAAAUAAGAGAAUGAGCACCCAUUCCAAAGCUUUAUUACCAGUGGCGUUGUUGCAUGUUUGAAAUGUGGUCACUUUAAGAUGGCAAUGCAGUUUGGAGUCAGAUUUAUCCUUGAACAUCUUUUGAUAACAUAACAUGGUGGUGUAAUCUUAAUGUAUAUGAAAAAACUUCAUUCUUGUGAGUCAUUUAAAUGUGUACAAUGUACACACUGGUACUUAGAGUUUCUGUUUUGAUUCUUUUUUAAUAAAUUACGCUUUGAUUUCA